AUGAUUGAGGGAAUGGUGAAGGAUGGUGUUAUUAAACCUUCAUCUAGUCCAUGGUGUUCACCUGUGGUGCUGGUAAAGAAGAAGGACGGCAGCAUGCGGUUUUGUGUUGACUACCGCCGCCUGAACGACGUUACAAAGCAGGACAGCUAUCCCUUGCCAAGAAUUGAUGACACGCUGGACAUGCUUACAGGCGUAAAGUGGUUUAGUACACUGGAUCUGAAAAGUGGCUACUGGCAGGUUGGAAUUGACCCUAAAGAUAAGGAGAAAACUGCAUUCUCCACAGGAAAGGGUCUGUGGCAAUUUAAAGUCAUGCCGUUUGGAUUGUGCAAUGCUCCAGCAACGUUUGAAAGGUUGAUGGAGCUUGUACUUACCGGGCUAAUGCCUGUCUGGUCUAUUUGGAUGACAUAA